AUGAGUAACUAUGGCGCGUUCGGCAGCUUCGAGCUCAACAGCAUCGUCCGGGGCGCCCAGCUCACCAUCGUAGGCGCCAAUCGAGCUCUCCAGAAUCCAGGAAUCUUCACGAGCGAACAUUACAAGCAGGCGGCUCUGGCAGUUGGAGCAGGCAUUGCUAUCCGUUUGCUAGUAGCGAUACCAACGAUUGGAAUCCGACUUCUCAUUCGAUUCGCCGGCCUCUUCACCGACCUGCAAGGCUCAACAUGGGACGAAGAUAUCAUCGACGGGAUCGAGUUCAUCGAGCACUCUGUCCUUCAGGUGCCCUUCUUCCUUAUGAGCUUUAUGCGAUAUCUAAGCCCUGCUAUGGACCAUAUGUUCAUGGACUCCCUGCAGUGGGUAGACCAGACGUACAUCCAGAAGCACAAGUCAGACGACCCUUCCCACCUGCGAGCCAUGUACUACCCAAAUUUGCGCCUGUAUAGCCAACACGCGGACACUGCACAAAAGAAGGACCCAUACAAGGCUAUGAUUGCCUUUCUGAAACGCUUCGGCAAGAAAGCUGCUCUUUCGCUGGGCAUCUAUCUGUUAUCUUUCCUCCCAGUGGUGGGCAGGUUUGUGCUGCCAGCCGCCAGCUUCUAUACCUUCAAUAAGGCUGCAGGAUGGCAGCCUGCGGUGCUUGUCUUCGGCAGUGGUCUAUUCGUGCCAAAGCGCUAUUUGGUCAUGUUUCUGCAGAGCUAUUUCUCCAGCAGAAGCUUGAUGCGAGAACUGCUCGAGCCCUACUUUUCUCGAAUCCGGUACGACUCCCAGCAGAAGCGUCUCUGGUUCCACGAUCGUGAGGGUGUACUCUACGGUUUCGCCGUCGCCUUCUUCGUGUUCCUCAAGAUCCCACUCCUGGGCGUUCUUAUCUAUGGCGUUGCAGAAGCUUCGACCGCAUACCUCAUUACAAAGAUCACGGAGCCACCACCUCCACCGCAGGAAGCCGCAGAGUUCAAGAAAAAGGACGUUCGCUGGGAGAACAAGCACGAAUUCCUUUCAUUGCCGUUGGACGCUGUGGACAAGUUCAAUAUCUCGACUAGUGACGAGAAGAAAGGUUCAGGUCUUGGGGAAGUCAAGAGUCGGCAGUUCACAUAA